AUGGGGAGUGUGGAGCAGCUCUUGGGAGGAAAUGCAACGUCAAUAACCUUGUUGCAUUAUCAGCUGAUAGAUCUGUGGAGAAGUCCUAGGGGGACAGUGCUCCGUAUUGAGGCAUUAGCACUUGUGGCGAUUGCCCUCUCCUUCUUCCUUGCUAUCUUUGGGUCUUGCCGCCGUUGGUCCAAUCGCUGGAUCAUCCAAAAGGGCUUUCUGGCUGCACAAGUGUUAUCUAUAUCUCUUGGGACUUACAGCAUUGGCCUAAUGCAGUCUUCAUCGGUGAAGAGCGAGAUGUAUCCCAUAUGGGCUGUGUCCUUAUUCGCCCUCAUUGGCUGUGUCGACCCAGUCACAAGCUACAAUGGCCUUGACUACAAGAGCCCACUCUCGAGGAUGAUAUUUCAGCUUUGCCUCUACUGUGGAUAUGUCCUGCUGAUGAGCGUCUCAAACAUCUCCGGUGUUGUUGGUUUUCAAGAACCAUCUGCUUUAGCAGGUGCAGCUGGUGGUAGUAUACUUCGAGUCAAUUUACCCCUUCCUGCUGACGAGUUGGUUGACGACUACGCUACUGAAAUGGGGCAAAAAAGGUAUGAUUUGGGAGUACAGCAGGCUGAUCGGCUCAUAGACUUUAAGAGGGUCUUGAAGGCGAUUGAGGUUGAGUUGGCUUUCCUGUACGAGGUCUUCUUCACGAGCAAUGAGUUUCUUCACUACUAUGAAGCGAAAACCUCUGCCUUCUGGGCCUUUGCUUCAUUCACUGGGAUAUGUUUUGUAGGCAUAGCCACUGCCAUUCCUGGGACAAUGACCAGCCGCCACCGUAUUGUUACCUCUGCCAUUGGUCAUGCUGGUGUUGCUGGCACUGUCAUCGUCGUCGACACCACAACAGCUUAUCUGAUCAUCACUCUUGUCAUAUUGGUAUCCCUUGCUCUCCUGCAAUUGGUGCAGUUGAUGCAGUUCUGGGCAUCAAAUUGGGCGACAGUCACCGUUGCCUGCGAGUACUCCAGAAACAGGAAGAAGCAGAAAUGGGAGCUUACAGGAGAUGGGCCGAGUCCACAUAGCCGCGAGCAAAUCAGGUCAAACAUUAAAAAGAGGCAAAUCAGCUGGUGGAUGAGAUUGAAACUGUUUCUAGUUACCAGGAUGAAUUGGUCUGACAAGUACCUCUGGCAAUACAUUGGACAGGUGCUCCGGGAAUUGUGGGUGUGUGACACCAGCGCAGGAGCCAACGUUAGGUUGCACGAUGAUGUGAAGGCAUCCAUUACUGAUUUCCUGGGUCAGAUCAAGGGCAGAAGGAUAGGGAAGGAUUGGUCAUCCUUGUUUACUGACAAUGGACUAGACGCAUCCUACCUUCCCUAUAACAUUGCGCCUUCCUUGUGGAAACCUGCCAAGGAGUUCACGCGUCGUGUCAUGAUGUGGCACAUUGCGACAAGCUACUGUGAACUAGCAGAGCGGCAGGAUGGAAGCGCAGGAGGCGGCGGCGGCGGAGGAGGAGAGAACAGUGACAACAGAGAGAAGAAUCGGCGUGUGGCCAUCGCUCUGUCCAAGUAUUGCGCCUACUUGGUGGUGUCGGCGCCAGAGUUGCCCCCCGGGACAUGCAAGGAAACAAAGGAGGAGUUCAAUUAUGUUGCAGAAUAUUCAAGAGAAGCAAUGCAAAGGAACAGGCGCAAUAAACUGGAGGCGAUGCAUGUAUCAGCAGGCGAUGGAGUACCGAGUCAAUACGACACCUUUCAGAUGGGCGUGUACUUGGGGAAGCGGCUUCGCAACGAGACGCCAGCGCUGCCCCAGGGGAGGGAGAGCACACGGCGGCCCUGCUCCACCGACCCCUGGAAGGUGCUGGCGCUCCUAUGGGUGCAGACGUUGCUCUACGCCACGCCGUAUGGCGAUGUGAAGAGCCACAUGCAGCGUCUCUCGCAGGGCGGCGAGUUCAUCACCCACCUCUGGGCUCUGCUCUACCACAUCGGCAUCGACAGCUGGGAAGUUGCUGCGGCAGAGAUGAGUGAAGCACACCACGGCCAAGGAGAGACAAGGGGAGAAGAAAUUGAAGAGAUUCUCAUUGACUAA